ACAUAAUGCGCUUUCUCGUUUGUUGACUUUAACUACGUCAUUAAUGCAAAGGAAAAAUGGAUGUAUCACAAAUAAGCAGAAAAGAGCGCUCGAAGGCAAGCACUUCGGGGAAAUUCCGAAUCCACUUGUUGAUAAUCCUUCUCUUCUCAACGGCGCUUUCAGCGAUAUCAAUUGUUUCGUCAAUCUUGACUCACUUCUCCGAUCCAGUAAAUUUCAUUUCGGCAGUAUUCUUGCCAUCAAGUCGAGCCAAUGCGAGCAUGGUCUCCAGUUCUGAGGUUUCGGAUGACACUCUUUCCUCAACUUAUCGGGUCAAAACAGAAACAGUAGUAGAAGGACCCGCUCAGUCGAUGUAUCUUCCUGCUCAGCCUUCUUCCAUGAUCUUACUGCGUGCCAUUGGGAAUGCGUUGCCACCUCGGCACAGCCCACGACAAACUCUUGACAAUCUAGAGUUUACUUUAGCUCAUGAAAAAGCAUUUCCAAACACAACACGCCAUUGGUUUGUGAAUCGUAUUGUAGAUCCGAAGGUUCGAGAGCAACUGCUAUGCCGACUUCGCAAGGCCAACGAAACCUACACUAUAAUACCCUUCAACAUACAAGUCUAUGGCCAACUCUCAAAAAUCCCGACUCUUAAUGCUACCGAACCAAACAGAAGCAGGACAUUAGCGCACAGAGGAAGAUUUGCUGAAGAGGAGAAGAAGCACGAAAAGAUUCUGUACGUCAUCAAUGUAAACGGCGUCAGGAACGCCAUGCUAGAAUAUGGUCGGCGACACACAAAUGCCCAGUACAUUCUUCCGUGGGAUGGGAAUUGCUUCCUGACCCAAAAUGCUUGGUCUGCGAUUCAGUCGUCUCUGACCAUGCAUCCAGAUGACAAGUAUUUCUUAUCACCCAUGGAUCGGCUAAAGGAGCCCAACGAAGCUUUACUAUCGGAAUCAUACAAACCAAACGCUGUGGAAGAGCCGCAAAUCAUCUUCCAUCGAACAGCACUAGCCAGAUUUAAUGAAAAUCUCCGGUACGGGCGACGAGAUAAGGUAGAGCUCCUGACAAGGAUACGGGCGCGAGGUCCAUGGGACACGGCACUUUGGGACUGGCAGGAGUCGGAAGUGACAAGCUUGGAUAUGAAGCCAACCCCAGACUCCUCCGCGGACGUGCCAGUCGCCGGGUGGUCGGUGCGUUUGUAUUCGGGUAAAGAUGGUGCUGAGCAACCUGGCGCAGUUGCUCUGCGUGGGAGCUUGAGGAGAAAAGCUGUGUCAAUGCUCUUAACUCGUCUCGACCAUGAUUAUUCAGCAGUCAACGAGCAUCAAAGAAAGGCCGAGUGGAUCGCCGGUAUGCAGCAGCUGCAACCAACUACUGCUACUUGUUUGUGCAAGUAUUCUACGUGUCACCAUCCAACAUAG